ACAGUAUUAAACCCAGCUGCCUUAGCAUCAGAUUCUCUCAUGGCUCAGCCAACACAACAGUGCCAGCGCGCGCAGGGCGAUUGCGAGGCCAGUUCCGCUUUGUCCCCAUUUAUUGCUAGUUUUCUUGCUUCCCUUUUGGUGGUGGUUCUUGUUUAGUUAACCGCCCAUACCAAUCGCCAAUCCCCAAGCCGCCAGGCUGCUGCCAAACUCCAACCACCACCGGGCAGUCAGCAGACCGCACUUCCUCCUGCCUCUCUUGGCAGUUCUUGCGUGGGUGCCGCUUUCAGUUCUCCAUAUCUGCAGCGGUUCGUUGUGCUUUCUGGAAGGAGGUUCACUUUUCUAACUGUUUUGUUCCCGUCUUGCCAAGUUUGGGGGUUGGAUAACUUUGAUUGGUCUUGAAGGAAAGAAAGGAAUUGAGCAAGUCUCGAGUUGACCGAGGUUGUCAUGGAGCCAUCCACUGGGCUCUGGGUCUCUGUCUGGAGCUGUUUCAAGUUCUUGCCGUUCUUCUGUGGCCUUCUUCUCCUGGGGAUCAUCAAAGGUGUUUUGUUUGGCCCAUGGGCAUGGCUUAUUAUGACGGUUGGAAUUUCUGCAAUCAUUCUAGGAUUAUGGCCUAUGCAUGUGGUUUGGACAUACUAUUGCAUCAUCAGGCAGAUCCAAGUUGGUGGGGCCUGUUGUAAAACUUCUGCUUCUUAUUUCUGCAUCUGGGAUUUUAGUGCUAUGGCUGAUAGUUGGCAUCGUUGGAAGCGUAAUUGCUGGUUUAGUUUAUGGUUUUCUAGCACCAGUAAUGGCCACAUUUGAUGCUGCUGGGGAAGGAAAAGAAAGGCCACUAGUUCACUGUCUUGUGGAUGGGACAUGGAGCACUAUCACAGGAAGCUGUACCGUAGUCAGGGACCUGAAAGACAUGCUAUUCCAUUCGUAUUUUUCAAUUAUGGAUGAUUUACGUUUUCAUGCACCUCCUGGUGGAACGCCAUUUGAGAUAAGAGUGCUUGACAUUCCUGGUGCAGUAUUUGCUGCCGCAUGUGGACUCUUGACGGAUGGAAUAAUGUUCACAGUAAUCGCCUUGUACAAGUUACCAGUGAUGCUUUUUAAAGGAUGGAAGAGACUAAUUGAAGAUCUAGUUGGCAGAGAAGGACCUUUUCUUGAAACAGCUUGUGUGCCUUUCGCUGGUCUUGCUAUUCUUCUCUGGCCAUUUGCCGUUUUAGGAGCCUUUCUAGCUUCCAUCAUCUCCAGUGUUCCUCUAGGUGUAUAUGCUGCCAUUGUGGUUUAUCAGGAAUCUUCACUUCUCAUGGGACUAUUUUAUGUAAUAUCAUCAGUGUCCAUCUUUGACGAAUAUACAAAUGAUGUACUUGACAUGGCACAAGGAUCUUGCUUUCCUAGGUUUGCAUAUCGAAAAAAUGAAGUUUCCACACAGAGUGGUCCGCUAUCAAGGCCAGCCUCGUUCAAGGACAGGCAAGAUGAGAAGAAAGCUCCAGCACGCAUGACAUCAUUUAAGAGCAGCUUUGAUGAAUUCAAUCCAUUCAAGAUGCUAGAUCACCUAUUCGCCGAGUGUAAGCACCAUGGUGAGACUCUGGUUUCUGAAGGAGUGAUAACAUCGAAAGAUAUUGAAGAAACAAAGUCAGGCAAAGUCGGCAGCGGAGUAAUUAAUGUUGGUUUGCCAGCAUAUGUUAUUCUCAAUGCACUCCUCCGAUCUGUGAAGGCUAAUUCCGAUGGCCUUCUUCUAAGUGAUGGCUGUGAGAUAACAUCUGACAAUAGGCCUAAGAAUACAGUAUUUGAUUGGUUCUUUGACCCUCUGAUGGUCAUUAAAGAUCAAAUCAAAGCCGAGAAUUUUACAGAAGAGGAGGAAGCAUACUUAAAAAAAAGGGUACUGCUGAUCAGCGACCCGAAACGCCUCAAGGCGACUCUUCCACAUUUGGCAUCACUGAAUGAGCGACAACAAGCAGAAAUAGAUGCAUUUGCUCGGAGAUUACAAGGGAUCACAAAGUCAAUAUCAAGGUACCCGACAUCCAAACGGCGUUUCGACGACCUUGUCAAAGCACUUUCAGAGGAACUUGAGAGAGCAAUGGGUGGCAGCCAAUCUGUCAGUGGAUCACAGUUUCAAAGGCUAAGAAGUGGUGUCGCUCGAAUGCUUAGCCAGAGAUCGAUGGGGAAAACAGCAAUCAUCCGAGGCGACGAUCAAGAGGCUCAACUUACAAGUAACGGCCGUGACACAUAAUAUUUCAGAAAAGAACUGAAGAGAAAACCUCCAUUGUCCAUAUGUGUUUCCUGAGCUUCUUUCAAAUAAUAUUUGAAAAAGCUCAGGAAAGUAUGUCCAUUCUCUGUAUGUGUUUCCUGAGUUUUUCACAAACUUUGUAUAGAAGAGCUUACGCUGGUGUGCGAGCAAUAGUUCGAGGCAGUCUUUACAAGAACUGUAUGUUGCAAAUUUGCAAAACUCCUUUCAGAAAGCAAAGCCCCUCUCUUGUAUCAUUGACACCCCAAAUGAGAUACAACAUUUUGGUGUGUGCCCAUCUGCUUAUUGCAUAUUUGAACAGCAGGUGUAAUUUGACAUUGCGUAA